GGCCACUCAUUCCCAGCUUAUCAAAUAUCACGGCUGAACAGAGCCGAGUCGGUCAUAGCACCUUAUCGUUUCAUCCUGCAACCAUCCAGAUUUUGUCGGGCUUGCUUUGCAGACGCUUAGCGUGACAUCGACUCAUCAUGCCAUUGCAGAGACCACACGUCGACAGCACAGGUGCUUGGCACUUCUUCGACGGCGAUCUGCAGACAUGGCUCGUCAAAGAUGAUGGCAGGAGCUUCACUUCAGGCCAGCGUUUCAAGAAGGGCAGUCCGCAUACGGGUGCAGGAAGGAAGAGUACCGCUACACCUCCUUACCACGUGCAUCGCUUUCAGACCGAGACUUUCGCAGUGCAGUCCGGCAUCCUCGCUUAUCUGAUCGACGGUCGCACAGGUAUCCUGAAAGCAGGCGAGACUGUAAACAUUCCUCCCUGGCGACCUCACACGUUCUGGUCUGACGAGGCAAGUGGAGAGGAUCUAGUUGUCCACAUCACUGUCAAGGGCGGAGACAAUCCUGGAUUCGACGAGACCUUUGUGCACAACUUUUAUGGCUACUUGUCAUCUGUGACUCUCGCUGGCCGACCGCCUAACCCCUUCCAGAUGCUCAGAUUGUUGGAUCACGCUGAUGUCAUCCUCGCAGGCAUCCCCGUCACCAUUUCGAACUGGGUCAACAUCAUUUUCGGUCGCUGGAUCGGAGGCUACCUGCUUCGCCUUCCAACUUCUUUCAAGGAAUUUGCAGACUGACAUUUCGUGCACGAGAACCACGUGGGAUGACGCCGAUGGAGAAGAGUAUUUCGGAAGGAAGCAUCUUUCGUGCUAUGUGCCGUGUUCGUUGCCCGUGCUGAGCGAGACAGAUAACCCUUCGGCUGCUUGUAUUGUGCUCUACACUUUCAUCCGCUACAUCGCUCUUUGAAUUUGAACGUUCCUCGCGCUUGUGAGCGUGGCGUUAUAU